ACCUAUGGGCUACACCAUCAGGACACAAAACGUGUGGAGAUGUUCACUUUUGUUUGCCGGGUUCACGAAAACAGCCCAGCCCAAGCAGCAGGCCUUAAACCUGGAGACACAAUCACAGGGGUGAAUGGGCUUAACGUAGAAGGCAUCCGGCACCGUGAGAUUGUGGAGAUCAUCAAAGCAUCUGGAAACGUGCUCAGGUUAGAUACCUUGUAUGGCGCAUCAAUCCGGAGGGCCGAAUUGGAGGCUCGCUUGCAGUAUCUCAAGCAAACACUCUAUGAAAAAUGGGGAGAAUAUCGGUCAUUGAUGGUCCAGGAGCAGCGCUUGGUCCAUGGGAUCGUGGUUAAAGACCCCAGCAUCUAUGAUACGUUGGAGUCUGUGCGCUCCUGCCUGUAUGGCUCUACACCCUAUGGGAUGCUGUUGAGAGGAGCUGGGAGCACUUACAGCAGCGUGGGCUGUGUCAGCACUGCCACUGAUGAGACUGAGGAGUCUCUUUACCAAACUUGCUUUUUUGACUCUGCCGACUCCCUGGACAUUGUCUCCGCAGCAGCUCAGUCUUCACGCCCCAAGACAACAUUAACCCGCAGCAUCAGCGUCAAAUGCACCACCACCACCACCACCAGCAGCAGCAAUGGGGAUGCCUAUUUCUGGGACAAAUCCAGAGAACCAAAGAACUCUGUAGUCACGUCAAGGCCCCCUAAAAGCAAACAGGGAAGCUUCCGCAAGAGACUCCUCAAGUUUAUUCCUGGGUUGAAUCGGUCUUUGGAGGAAGAGGAGAGCCAGUUGUAAAAGGACAUUCUUAUUGGGAAAGCAAAGUACAGUUCAGCUGUGAGGCCGGCUGUCUCUGCUUGCUGUGUUCUCUAUUUAUUUAUUUAUUUGAUUAGCAGAGGACUGGGCUUCCGAACGCCCAACAGACCAGCUCUGUGGAACGCAGGUUGCAUCCGUCAUGGACUUUUGGAAGAAUAAUUCGUCAGCUGGGAUGGGAGCGGGGUGACAGUGGGUCUUCAGGUGGAAGGGAGAAAGGAGACCUCAAAAGAAAAAAAAAACGUAGCACAUUGUGAGGCCAAAGAAGUACAAGUGAUUUUGUAUACUUCAUUCAUAAUGAGGGUAGUUUGGGUUUGGGAUGUUUUUCAGGAAUUGGCAUAAAGCAGUCUCUUCAAAUCAUUGGGUGGUUCUUUGUUGUUGUGGGCCAUAGGAUGACUUUUAGAAAUGGAUGGGAAACAGGAUAUUAUUAUGGGUUUAACUAGUUUUUUAA